AAAAAUUACAGGUUUUUUGAAUAUUUUUUUGUGAAAGAACGCUCGAUCAUUUUACGGAUAUUACAAAUGAAAAAUUAUUAUUCCUAGAAGAUUGGUCCAAAAGUGUUAAUGCUAUACUGGUUGCAUAACACUUCAUAGAACAAGAAACGAGGCGGAAGCAGACCUUUUUAUUUGUCGUCAUCCUUCAUGGCUCAUACUUAUGAGGUACAAAAAUUGUAAAAAAGAGAAGAUUUUUUUUGACAUUGGAAUUUUUGACAGUAUACCUUAAAAAUAUUGUAGAUGAAAGUAAAAUCAAAAUCGUAAUGAAAUAAUAAUUAUACCUACUUAUAUUUACAUUAAUGACUCAUAAUAGUAAAAACUUAACCCCGCCCAAUAAUAUUCCAAUGGUUAGGAUAUCAUAGACAUGAAAUUAUUAAAAAGACUGAUUUAAAAUUAUGUAAAACAUUGUUAUGGCUGUACCUGGUAAAGAACGCCAAGGCCCAUGUUUUUGGUGUUUUAAAACCCUUAAAUGGAUACCAGUCUUAUUUAUUGUAACGAUAGUUGUUUGGUCUUAUUACGCUUAUGUUGUUCAACUUUGUCUACUGACGGUUGAAGAUGUAACAAAGAGAACUCUGUAUUUAAUAUUUUAUCACUUGUUCUUCUUUAUGUUCUGUUGGUCUUACUUUCAGACUAUAUUCACUGAUAUUGGUACAGUCCCUAGCAAAUAUGCUAUACCAGAUAAUAUUUUUGAAGCUUAUAUGAAUAAUGCUGAUAAUUUUGAAACUCAAAACACCAUUUUAGAAAAUUUAGCUAAACGUUUACCAAUUACUAAUAUCACUGUGAAUGGGGGAGUACGGUUCUGUGAAAAAUGUAGGGUUUUAAAACCUGACCGUGCUCAUCACUGUUCUGUGUGUGGUGUCUGUGUCUUAAAAAUGGACCAUCACUGCCCAUGGAUAAAUAAUUGUGUUUCCUUUACGAAUUACAAAUUUUUUGUUCUGUUCUUAGCAUAUGCACUCAUGUAUUGUGUGUAUGUAUCCCUAACAUCACUUUCCUAUUUCAUAUCAUUUUGGAAGGGAGAUUUGCCUGGUAUGGGCCGUUUCCAUAUUCUGUUCCUCUUUUUUGUGUCUAUAAUGUUUGGAAUUAGUUUACUUUCACUGUUUUGUUACCAUUGCUACUUAGUUAUUGAAAAUAGAACUACAUUGGAAGCGUUCCGGCCGCCAAAUUUCAGGGAUGUAGGAACUGAUAAAUAUGGUUUUCAUAUUGGUAAAUUUAAUAACUUCAAAGAAGUGUUUGGUGAAAAUUGUAAAACAUGGUUCCUGCCAGUUAGUACAAGUUUGGGUAACGGUUUAGAGUAUCCUGUACACUCACGCCUCCAGGCCAGUACCUAUCACUCAAUGGACACCACCCAGAACAGGCAUAUGGUUAAAUCUUUUUACCCAGUUGAAGGCAAUUACUCACUUUGAACUAUCUAAUUAUGGAAUUAAAUUUGGGAGAUGGCAUAAUUUACCAGCAGAGGCACAUGGAUGAAGAUCAAGAGGGACUUCUGCAUUCGACCUAUGAAGAUGAAAACGAUUCCAUCUAAGAUUACAAAAAGAGAGGCACCAAAGAGAAUGUACCACUAUUUUGAUAGUAUUCGAGCGGAUAUUUUUUGAUAAUUUUGUUACAAGAAAUAUUUAUACACGGUGUUCCAAACAUCAUGUCAAUAUUGAAGGAGGUAAUUCUUUGGCCUAUUUUAUAACUAAUAUUUCAAAUAUGUUCUAAAUUGUUUCUUUUAAAAUUCAGGAUGUUAAAAAUAUCAAUUAGGUUGCCACUGGUCUUAAUAAUUUUAAUUUAAUCGGGUUUAAUUUAUCUUAGUACUACAAACCAAAAUAAUCUUCAAAAGAAUGUUUGGGAUUUUAAAGAAAAACUAAUUUAAAAAAAAUUAAAUAUUCUUAAAAAAAAUCAAUUUAAAGCACAUGUUUAAAUUAAAUUUUAGUUGUAAAAUAGACCAAGGAAUGAUCUUAUAAAUUGACAUGACGUUUAGAGACUUCGAAUCAUAUUUUUUGUAUCGUCUCAAGAUAGUUUAAUUUUUAAUUUCAAGCAAAAAAAUUUGUUGUCCCCGCAUGUUUUAAUUCAUAUGUAAAAUGGUUGUAUUUGAGUUACAAUCUUAUUCUAUGAAGAGUAAUGUUUACUCCCAAAAUAGUAUCUCACUCAAACUCAACUUUUCAAUGCUUUAUAAAAUUCCAAAUUAUGUAUCUACAAAAGUAGUGACCUAUCUUUCAAUUAGCUUAUUGUUGUCAAAUCAUUUCUCUACAUAUUUUCUAAAAAAUCAUAUUUUUUCUGAUUCUCCUGCAAAAUCACUAAAACCGAAUUACAACCUUGUUCCAUGGAGAUGCCGAAUGUACAUUAGUUGUCCAUCUAUAUUUUUGUGUUACGUUUUUCCUUUUAGUCUAGAAAAAUUAUUUAUAACUACACUAAACGCACAUUUUUUAACCAAAAUCAGUUUCAAAUCAAGAUCAGUCUACAACCUGAAAUUGUUUUAAGAUUUUCUGUUACAAAUAAAAUCAAAAAAUUUAGUAGUCAAAAAAAGUAAAAUUAAAUUGACUUGUAUACAUAGCGUGUUAUUUUAUAUUAAUAUGAUGCCUAUAUUCCGCCAUGUUCUAUAUGUUUGCUCAUGUGUAAUUAAACUAUUUUGAGCUUUACAGGGUGUUCAGUAAAGAAUGGGUUAAACUUUAGAUGCAGUUUAGUUUGAGCAAUUAUUUUUGUCCAAAAUAACUACAUUUAAAGUUUGACCCAUUCUUUGCUCAACACCCUGCAUAAACUAUCGAAUUUUUUCUUUAACUAAUCAAAAUCGUUGAUUUAGUUCAAUUUAAUUGAAACCUAUAGAUACAAUAUUGUUUUGUAAGUAGUCCAUGUGGUUUAUUUUAUUGGUAGAGGACUUAAAACUAGUGCUGUGAUGGAUUUCUCCUUAUAAUAAAACUUUAUCAGUG